CUCUUUUCCAGCGCUUUUACUUUCGUGCAUCCCUGUUCUAAAAAGCACGACCUUUCCACCACUUCUCUACGGUUUCCAACUGGUAGAAGGUCGUCUCUCCACCGCUCCCGAUGUGCUUCUCCACUUCGACCCUCGCGUAGGCCGGUGCGGAGAUCACCAAGCGAUCCCGGUCGCCGUUCCAGCCCUAAAGGUCCCAUGGGAGGAAUAUCACACAUAUUUGAUUAUAGCAAAGCUGGUAAAUCUCAGAAGUGGGCGCAUAAGAAGCAUGGUGAUGGUUUUGAAGCUCCUCGGAAUAGCUUGGAUGUAUCUAUUGACACUUCUAUAGGGUAUUACUAUGUCCCUGAAGACAAUCUGUUUCAGUAUUCUUUUCAGGUGAAACAUCCCUCCAAAAUGUAUUAUUCUCCCAAUGGAACCCCUAUGAAGAAGUUGAUCGAUGGAGAGAUUUCCAAACGAACAACUGAAAGUAAGGUUGCACCAAGUGUUGUUGCCCGUUUGAUGGGAAUGGACUCGAUGCCAUCAGAAGAAGGCAGGAAAAUUCAUGCUAAGGAACUCGAAGCAGAUAGAUUGAGAAAAGCUAUGGAAGUAAAUAAGAUCAUGGAGUGUAGUUUGGGUCUUGAAACUUCACGCAGCUCCACUUCCUCUAGACAAACGAAGCAAAACACACUUUUAAAUGGUAAUCAACGAGAUCCCAAAGCCGAGAAGACAAGAAAACCACGCAAACAUCCGCAAGAAGAGCUGCUGCAGAAGUUCAAGAAGGAAUUUGAGACAUGGCAAGCUUCAAAGUUACGGGAGCAUCCAGGGUCUCAGAAGAAUCACAUUCUUGGAGAUGUGAAGGAUCAUCAAAUCAUUGCACAAGAAAUUCUUAACAAAGAGAAAAUGGCAAAGUAUCUAGAUACCAAGAAAAUUUUGGCUGAAAAGAAGCCCACAGAAGCCAAAGAUGUUGUCUCAACAGCUAAGCAAAAUGUAGAUACACAACAAGGAUCCAGCCUGCAGGAUCAUGGACAUUUGAACAGACAGUGCCAAUUUAUCUCAAAGAACAACAUGGCUAUGAAACUUGGUACCAGGGCUAAUGAUUCUGAAUUCUUGACAGUUACUAGGACUGACAAGAAACAGGAGCGAUCUUGUUCACCGACACGGAUAGUGAUUCUGAAACCUAAUUUUGAUAGAAUUGAUGCCAAUGAAGAGUUAUUAGCUGCCUCAACCAAUAACUUUGGUAAGGAAUGUGCUAUGGAAGACUUUCUUGAAGAAGUGAAGGAAAGGCUCAAGAAUGAAAUCCAGGGGAAGAACAGAAGCAAUGCUAGAGGUAGAGGAACCGGCAUAGGGACUUCAUUUGGUGAAAGGACAAUUGAUCCAAAACAAAUUGCUCGUGACAUAGCAAAACACAUAAGAGAAAGUGUGACCAAGGACAUUGGAUCAACUCUCAUCCGAUCUGAGUCAACAAGAUCAAUUAGGAGUGACUUACAAGUCAACUCACCUGAUUCACCAGAGUUCAUUAGAAGAGACACAAGAAAGUAUGUAUCAGAGAAAUCAAAGAAUGUCCUGAAGAAUGAAAUAGUUCUGGGGAAGUCUCGAAGAAACCAUGAAUGUUCAGAUGCUUCCACCAUAAACAAAGAAAAGGCAAUGCCAAAAUUGAUGUCUGAUUUUGCAAAUAAAGGGAAAAACAUGAACCUCUGGAAAGACAAGAAAGCUGUGACUGAAUCAAUUCCAAGACAGAAAGAGAAAAUUGUGGCACCUGAUGCAGAGUCGGUAUCACAGUGGAACCUUGUCAGAUCAUUUUCUGCACCUGUGUCUGGAACAGCUUUUGGGAAGCUCCUCUUAGAGGACCAGCAUAUAACUGGAACUCAGAUCUGCAGGAAGCAGGAAGCAUCUCAACAUGGGUUCUCAGAAUUCGGAAAACAAAGAAAGGAUAGUUUUAGCUUGAAAGGAAGAGUUUCCAGUCUGAAACAUAACUUCAAUCUUAAGGGUAAGCUGUUUGGGAAAACAGCCCGGCUGAUUAAGGAACCAACUGCAAGUGGAUUCAAUUCAGCUAAGGAAAUACCAACUGCACCCUCUAUUAUCAUCAAUUCUGGCAUCACACAGGAGAACUCUACCGAGGUGCCACCAAGUCCUGCAUCGGUGUCGAGCAGUACUCCCGAUGAGUUUUGCAAGCAAGAUAACCCAAGUCCAAUAUCACCACUUGAGGUCAUGGACCAUCACACUUCACCUUGUGUCUCUGAAGUGCUAAGUUCCAAUGCUCCAGAACCACAUUUGUUAGAACAUGUCGAGGAUUUUGGAUCUGAAAUGGCAGUUGAAAACCAGCCUCACAAUCAAGAGACAACUGAGAAGGAAAGUGAGGAUGGAUCUGAAAUGGAAGUUGAAGAGCAGCCUCACAAGAAAGAGACAAUCGAGAAGGAAACUGGGGAUGCAGCUUAUUUACAAGAUAUCCUUGUGACUGCCGGAUUUUAUGAGGAUAGAUCCACUGAUCAAGCAACGAAGUUGGAUGCAUUGACACGGCCAAUCUCACUCCAGGUUUUUGAACAAGUAGAGGAAGCUUGCAGCAAAUACGGGAAGCUGGAAACCGAGUCUACUAUCAUCCAUAACGAUGACCCAGCUAUAGGACACAAAUUAUUGUUCGACUUGGUGAAUGAGGCUUUGCAAAGUGUCUUGGGACCUAAAAUAAAUUGCUCCAUGUUCAAGAGAUGGAUUUUGGGUCCAGCUGCAUCAUCAUCACAAGGAAGAAGCUUGUUGGAUGACUUGUGGAAUCAGAUUCAGUCAUACUUGAACUCCCCUAUGGACGAGUCUGACACUCUAAAUAUCAUGGUGGUUCAGGAUCUGAAGAUGACAACUUGGCCAACCAUAUUGUACGAGGACAUUGAUGUUGUAGCAAGACAGAUUGAGAGGGUCGUUCUACACGAUAUAAUCUUCGAAAUUGCGCAUGAUAUGUGCCUUUGCAAGUAAUGUCAGUUUGCUUUUACCUAACUGACGCAUUAAGAUGUUUGGCCAAGAGGAAAGGCUCAAUAUAAAUGACAAGUAGUGUUGCCUCAGGGGUCAAAAUGUUGAUACCUUCAUGUAAAGUUAGAAUGGUUGAGGCUGAUCAAGAUGUUGAUAGCAAUAGUGUGUUACUGAAUAUGAGUUUAUUUGUUCUUUUCUUUUCCAACA